GGAGAAGAACUAGGAAACCCCAUGUGGUCUCGCCGUACCUAAUCAAACCAGGGAGUCUUACAUAUUUUACUAGUGACUUGAGCUCGAUGGGUCUUCUUCAUUCCGGCAGUGAAGUCGAAGCGAAAGAUCUAUCGAUCCAUCAUCAUCAUCACAAAAAAAUGGCUCAGUCAGUGAAACCUAUCUCGAGCCCCGUCCCAGACGCCUGGUACCCAACCCUAGCUGUUUUCAUGCUCGCAAUUGGGCUUGUUGUCACCGCUUCCUUCUUCAUCUAUGAAGCAACCUCUUCGAGGAAAAAUCGCUGCCUGGCAAAGGAGCUGACAACAGGAGCAGUUGCAUCUGUCUUUCUGGGUUUCGGAUCCUUGUUCUUACUCAUUGCUAGCGGUGUUUAUGUUUGAUUUCUGCGUAUUGAACCAGAUGAAAUUCGGUCAACGUUUGAGUCGUUUGCAUGAAGGAUGAUAUUUUUGACAAUAUUAGUUAAAAGUGCUCGAGGCUUAAAUUGAGGAUAACCUUUGUUAGUUUCACAUCACAAGCUUGUUUUUGUUGUAGCGGCUGAUAAUGACAAUGAAUUGUUGGAUUUUUUUCACCGAAUAACUUAAUUUGAAACCCCUCUCUCUCUCUCUCUC